CAGCUGUGAGAAUCAACUUUACUUUGCGGUCUGAUUUCAUCAGGUGUUGCAUUUGUGCAGGGGAAAGGAAAAAAAAAAAGCCAACCAACCAGACUUACAAUUGCAUUCUUUCGCAACUGACAAGAAUAGCAAAAAGAUAAAAAAGAGACGGAACGAGAAGAAAAAUCUUGCAAUCUGCCUUUGGAAGUGCUUUUAAUGACUGGCGCUGAACCUGUCGGGAUCUUCAAGGAGGAAAGACUAGACACUGACAAUUCGCUGUUGGGUGAAUUGCGAGCGGAACACCUGUUCAAGAUGCUUUGUGGUGGUGACAAAGGUGGUGAAGAAGAAGAAGGGCUACCUGUUAGCAUCACUUAUUGUUGGAAUAAAGGAAAAAAGCACCUGGAUUUCUGGAGAAACGACUUUCUAAAUGGACAGGUUUUUAUGGUGCUGACAGCUCACAAGCCCCGUGGUUGUCCUCCUGUCAUCAUGAAUUCUUGGCAAGAAAAACUGAAAACGUUGGGAAUAGAGGUGACAGAAGACCAGUGGGAAACUUUGAUACAACAAGCUGUGCUGGAGCCAGAAAUGAGAACGUAUCUAUUGUACAACUCCAGAGGAAUAAGGAUGGGCAUUGCUGCAAUUGUCUACGUGAUUCUCUGGAUCAACCUUUAUUCCGUCCUGCAAAUUUUUUCAGUUGGACAGUCUUGGAAAAUCAGUGUUUUGGUUACCCUUGUUGCCUUGGUGGCUGCUGUGGCCAUCCUGGUCAUAAUUCAUCACGAUCAAAGCAAGAUGAAUGUGAAUACAGAUAUGAGACUAAUAGCUGCCAAUGAAGCCUUCAUGAAGCUUGGAUUCCUGGUAGGGAUGACAAAUAUUCCAGACAAGAAUUCUGCUGUCCCACAGUUGUGGUUUGUUCAUUUCGACGUUGAACUUUGCCUUCAGUCUUUGACGGACUUUCUGGCCACUCUGAAGAGAAACCAGGAGUCAGCACUGAAGCGCAAUCUGGAAGACGUCGGCAUUGUCGUCGAGACAGCUAUCCUGCCAACCUGGGAAAGCCCACGGAACGAUUCUUUGGAAGAAUGUUUGCUGUUGCCAGAGACCAAGAAGAAGAGCAGCAAUCAUUUCUUGUCCCGCCGAGAAUUCCUCCAUCUCGUCCCAGACAGGACGCCGGAGACAAUGGCCCAGCAACUCUUGAUGGUCUUCAGCAGUUACUACGUCAGGCUGUUAGUCAGUGGCCAGCUUCCAGAGGUUCAUGCGGAGCAGCACAAAACUGUGGGCCACAGGCCUUGUCUCUGCCAGUUUGUAAAGACUACACUGUUGGGGAAAGAAUUCUUUGGACUCCAACAACGAUGGACAUUAUGUUAGCAAUGUCUCAGUCAUCAGGUUCUCAAUCGUCAAAGACUGAAGAACCAGAAGACUGAGGGAAUGAAGAACAGUUGGCAUUGUUCUCCCUACAAAAGAAUCAUACCUAAAAAAAUAUAUUUUUUUUGGAAAUGUCUGUGACUUGUUCUGAGGAGAGGUCAUAUGCAAUGUUGGUUGGCCAGAGUUGUGAGAAUGAAGUAGCUGCCGUAUCGGUGCUGGAAAGAAAAGAAGGAAGGGAGGAAGGAAAGAAAGAGGGAAAAGUAGAAAAAGAAAGAAAGAAGGAUGGAAAAAA